ACCAUGAUAGUUUACAACAUGUCUGACAACACUUUACUUGUUGAUUACAUGAAAUCAAAACGGAAAGCUCGCAUCCAAAACUAGCUUUUAAAAUGCAUUCAUGAUCUCCUCUAGAAAUUAUCCUAACCCUGGUGCUACCAUAAAUGUGAUAAUUCUGUGAUGUGUUUGUUUGUAAAUAAACAGAAACGGACUUGACGAAUCAUUCGUGGAAUGUGACCGUCUACAAUCAAGACUUUCUUUGCAUUGAAGUCAGUUGUUGAUUUGUCGGUACGAUUUGUCUGCAUUCUGGUCGACCCUCUUGUGAAAGUGUCAUCAAUGUCAUUCAGUGAGUCAGCCAUUCGUUCAAUGGCGUAAUUUACCCCUUUCUUCUCUCCUUUGAUUUCAUAUACCAUCAAAAUUAAUUUUCCAUUGCGUUUACUGUGAUUCAAUUCAAAGUUAGUCCAGGGCCCAAAACAUUUUGUCAAAAUAAACCAAUUGCAUAGAUAAAAUGAGCUAAUUUUUUAAGAAUUAUAACACCAAAAUCAUAUUUUUUGCUGUUGUAGUUUUAAAGUUACGAUUUUUUAAAGUACAACUUCAUUUGUGCUUUUUUAACAUGGACCGCAUCUCCACAUUCUGUGACCCAAUUCCGAUGUUUGCAUCAUGAGCUAUAUAUAUAACUCUUGUUUUAAUGAUAAUUUUGGUAAAUUCAGAGAGAGCAGCCCGCGUCUAUUUCCAUGGCCGCCAUCUUGGUUGCCUCCACCAGCGCACUUUUACAUGUUCACGGGUCGAGGCAACCAAGAUGGCGGCCAUGGAAAAAUAAAAUAACUCAUGUUUGCUAAAAUUAGGAAGAAAACGUUAAAAAUGUAUGAAAAAAAUGUCUUAAAUCGAUCCCUGUGCCUAACCUGAACCCUAAAUCGAUCCCUAUGCCUAACCCCAACCCUAAAUCUAUCCCUAUGCCUAACCCGAACCCUAAAUCUAUCCCUAUGCCUAACCUGAACCCUAAAUCUAUCCCUAUGUCUAGCCCGAAACCUAAAUCUAUCUCUAUGCCUAACCUGAACCCUAAAUCGAUCACUAUGCCUAACGGUGCUAACAUGAACCCUAAAUCGAUCCCUACAGCUAAAUCUAACUUGAACCAUAAAACUACACCUAAAGUCACAAGUAAAAACACGUGGAAUUUACAAACUGUGGCAAGCGAACGAUAAAAAUUAACCAAAAAAUGUAAAAAAAUCCUAAAAUAAUUAUAACAUAAAGAAAUAAUGAAAAUCCAACUUAUAGUUUCAUAAAAUACACUUUUACACACAUUAUUUCAGGUCCCAACGAAAAUAUAGCCACAAAAUGAAUAAAUCUCCACACCCCACAGGCACCCCAAAUAUAUCAAAUAUGGCGGACCAAAACAAAUAUGAUAAUGAGCCAACCAAUCAAAAUUUUAAAAUUAAAAUUAAUCAACCAAUAAAAUUUUAAUUUGGAAAAUUUAACUCUAUUAACAAAAAAAUACGGGGAGUGAAUUCAAAACAAAGUCGUCGGAGGUCGCUAAAUCUGAAACAGCCAUAAUGUGAGACGAAUUUUAUUUUCAGAACUAAUGCUGUAUUAACAAAUAAUUUUAAUAAUGUUAAUAAUUAUAGAUACAUUGUAGCUUAUCAACUAUGCACUAUUUAUAUCAGUAAAUUUUAUAUAAUGUAAUAAUAUAUAUAUUUUCUGUUUACCAAAUCUACGGCUUCCAUUAUACCGAUAUAUGCUAAAUAGUCUAUAUAAAGCAACUCAUGCCCUAAUUACUAAAAUACUGUUUGGGAACUACUUAUUGUGAACUUUCAACUUUGGCACAUGACUAAUUAAUUAAAGCUUUCACUGACUUGGUUUAUUAGUUUUUGCACACAGCAAACUUUUAUGAAUGAAAACUCUGACAAAGUAGUACAGUAAAGCCGUUAUGCAAGUUACUGUGAAUGUCACCAUGACAUUUUGCAAACAACAAAUUAUGAUCAUUUAUAAUAUGGACUCUACCGGGUUUUUUCACCUCAAAUUAAAAUAUUAAUCUUUCAAUAACAUUUAAGUUCAUUCUUAAACAUAAUUUAUCUAAUAUUUUGAUGUAAAUAGUGAUAAAAAUUAAAUAUUUUCUAAGUAUCAGUGUUACGCACCAUUGUCAGUAUGGAGAAAAUGAAUCUCCUAUUUACAUGUAUGGCUAGUUCCAAAACAGUGCAUAACAAAUGACGAUACCAAAUGAUAAAAACAAUAACAGAGGAUACGCCACUCAAAACAGGGCUAAUUACAAUUAAUAAGUUUUAUUAAGUUACCAAUAAAUUACAAAAUAAAUAUAAUUAAAAUCAUUGACUUACAGAGUACUGUUUUGCUUGUACCGAUACACAGUUGAUGAUAAUACAAUGUGACCAAAAAAAAAAAAACAGCGAUGAAUAGGAAUUCACUCAUAUAAGUUAACAAAAUUUCAGCAAGAAUAACACACUCUGAUAAUAACUCUUAGCCUGUCGCCUCGUAAAGUAAAAAGAACUCCUGAUAAAAAUGCUCUCUGCUUCCUCUGUCAGUCAGCCCUUCGGCUUUAUAUACCGCUAUCGCCUGUUUCUCUAUACCAUUCUAGAAAUCUACACAUUGUACUCACUUCCGGCUUUUUCUACCAUUUUCUGCAAUAUUCGAAUCCUGAAACAGGCCAUGGAUUUGUUUUAAUUAUAGCCAAGGUCAACUUAUCAUACCGCAGUACAGCCAAAUUGGGUCAGAGAGAGUUCACAGCACGAGGAAAUAUGAUGUAAACACGUUGUCUACAUGACAAUUGACAUCUUCCUCCCUUAAAAAGGGGGCAUGGCCCACGCCAUAUCUAAAUUAGGCUGAGCAACCUUACGGUAAUGCAGGCUACUUGGACAUGCUACGUAGCGAACGUUGGACACGACCAACAUCAAUGAGAAUUGGCACACAUAUACAUCAAUAUAUAAUGUUUUGCAGAAUUUAAUAUGAAAGACAAGAUAUUUAAAUUCCUAUGAAAAUUUUUGAGGGAAAUAUACCUUAUAUUGACAUAUGAUUUUGCUCACUUAAAGUUGAUAUAAAGAACACAAAAAAAACUCAAUGGGAAUGUAGGUCAACAUUUCUCCUAAUGUGAAUGGGUGGAGCCAGACCUUAAUCAUGAGCCAAAAGGACUCCUGUUCUAUUAAAAUUACAUACAUAUAAAAAAAUUAAAAACUCGAAUUCUAUACCACCGACGCCCAGUUCCGAUACAAAUUUUCUAGGAGUGUCCCUUUCUUCCGGGAAGUACCUUCCCUGGGCAUCAAACACUAAACAGUCUAGCUAUGCCUCUAUAUUUGAAUUUUUCACUGAUGUUUGACAAUCAGUAUCAGACUAAAAACAACCAAUCAAAUUCAUUCAAAUUAUACUUUUUUUAUAAUCGAUACUAUUUUUCAUUUUUGAUUUAUAUAUAACUCUAAAAUGUCCAAAUUAGAUUCAUCCAACACAAUUGAAAACUUUGUCAAAUCCAAUAAUUAGUAUUUUUAUCUUUAUUUUAAUUAGGGCAAUUAAGCCUAAUUCUAUUAGCAAUUAAAUUAUUUAUAAACUUCUGACGAUUAAUGAGGCAAAGCAUUUUUGCUUUUAAUUAUUUAAAAACAAUAUUUUUAUUCAAAGUCACACAUUUUAGUAACUUUACACCACAACACAAUGGCCAUGUUACAUGAAUUAAUUAGGAUACUUCUUGUUGCAGUUCACUUUUAAAUGAGUUUAUUGAUUUUCAUCUAAAUUUUUGAGAAUAUUUUGCAUUCAAUGAUAAAUAAUAAAAUACAAUGGCAGAUAGUGAAAUAACAAUGGAAUUAAUAAAAGUUGAAAUGGUUAUAAAUCUCUCUUCAACCCUGUAGGCUAAAAAUACUAAUAAACUAAUGUAAUUAAUAGGUGAUUCAAUUAAUCAAACAUGGAGAUAAAAUUUGGAUCCCUUUGCUUUACAUCCAAAUUUGAUUCUGGAAAUCUUGCUAAAGUGGAAAAGGUUUCAAAAGAUGAUGAAGGAACUGAAUUUUGUGAGUAUAAUAGUUCAUUUUAAAUAUCAGGUUUCUGUGUAUUGUAAAUCAUGUUUUAAAUAAUGUCAUACUGAUUCAGUACAAGUAUUAAUUUUUUUUUUAAACUGAUCACAAAGUCCUAUAUGGCAUGAAGGAAGUUAUAUUAUUUUAUUCUUGCCUUAUAGCUUAACUAUUCCUAAUAUUCUGAGAUUUAAAUGAUAUUUUUUUAAAGUAAAGAGACAUUUUUUUUUAAAAAUGGCAUUGAAGUAAUAAAUAAAUAUCACUUUUAUUGUCUUGUUGCUGGAAAAGACAAAUUUUUUAAGCAGUAUAUAGACUUAACAGUAAUUUCAGGCUUGGAUAUAUCAAAUAGUUAUAUUUACCAAAUACAUCUUUAAAUAUUAUACUUUUAAAUUUGUGCUUCAUACAUUACUGAAAACUGCUUUUUUGGGGGGUUGUUUUACAGCUAAUGGUGUUCAAACAGUCUCAGGGGUGGAGAUUAAACCUGAUUAUGAAUUCAAUGUGUGGACUAAUCCAGACUGUGCAGGGACACAAUUUGAAAACCCCAAUAGGUAGGCCUCUUAAUUUCAAGAUUCUUUGGGCAUGAACACAGUAGCAACCACUGAAUAUUUUAUUCUAAAAUGUAUUACAACUAUCCUCAAAUUGGUCUUCCUAAAUUUUCCCUACCCAUGGGGACAACUUUUAUGGAUAGUCCUAAAUUAGAAAUAUAAAGGAUGCACACAUUUUUUUACUUGCCUAUUACUGUUUAUUUGUUUAUUUAACUCAUUUCAUUUCUCUUAUUAAAAAAUGUAGACUUACUUAUGUAUGCAGGUUUUUUUGUGCUCAUAAAAUUUUGUUUUUUUAAACAUUUUUUUUAACCUGCUCUGUUUUCUUUAUCAUAAAUUUGGAAGAAAAAUAACAAAAACUUAGAGAUUUUAAUAAUAUUUAACUGCUUUGAGAGUUCAAAAGACAUAUGUCAUGCUAAAUCAAGAGAGGCCAUCUUAAUCUCAUUUUUUUUUGUCAGAAGCAAAUCAAUGUGGCAGUGCAAUCAAUAUAAAUUUAAAAUUACUGUUGAAAAAAGCAUACAAUUUAUAUCUGAAUCUACUGAGGAAAAUAGCUUAGAGCCAGAAUCAAGUGAGGCCUACCUUUGUUAAUAAAACAAGAAAUUGUCAAAUUGAGAACCAUAAAGUUUAAAUUCUCCAGUGAUGUGUUAAGUUGUGUGUAAAUAAUUUUAACCAGGUAAAAUAAAUACCUGUAAUUUUUCUUUCCAUUUUCCUCUUCAUAAAAAAAUAAAAAAUUAUAUACAUGUAAAAUUAGAAGUAAAAUAAAAGUUAAACAUUUAGUCCCAGUAAAAGAACAGCAGUAGAAGUCGAUGAUCAAAGUUUUAAGUUUCCAGGGCCACCGUUUUAUUGUUUAAAAUUUAAAAAAAAAAUAAUAUUAAUAAUAACAAAAAAACAUCAUUAAUUAAGACAUGGAUUCCAAAAGUAAUUGACUCUUUUGUGUGGUCACUAGAAAUCUCAUGAAACUAAAGUGAAAAAUUCAAAGAAUGUAAAAUUAAGGAGCAAUUAAAAAUAUGUUUUUCAAAUGCAGUAAAAAUUGUAUUUCUCUUUGCCAUCAUUUAAUCAUAUUUAAAAAAAUCUACACUCUAAAAUUUGCUUAAUGUCAUUGACAAUGAAUAAAAACAAUAAAUAUAAUUUUGUUUACAAAUAUUCCUACUUGCCUCCUAAUCUUACAUAAUCAAAUAAAGUUGAGUCCACCAUAUUAUUUACAGAUCUUGGUUUUACUUUGGCAUACGUGGUUGGCAGAGCAAUAGAGUGAUCAAAAUCAACAUAAUGAACAUGAACAAACAAGGCAAGCUAUAUAGCCAGGGUCUGGCUCCAAUAGUAAGAAUAUUGCCAGGAAAGCCAAAGUGGGAGCGAAUUAGAGACAGACCCACUUUUGAGGUUUGUUUCUAAUUUUGUGUUUGAGAAUUUCAUUAAGACUUAAAAACAAAAUUUUCUUAAAAAGCUGUAUACAUUAUUUUUUUUGUAUCUAUUUAUUAAACAAAUCAUACAAAAAUCAGGAAGAAAACAAAUGAAUUAAGAACUUUUUAUUUGGUUUUGCAUAUGUUUACAUGACAAAUAGCAUAAUAUUAUAUUAAUAGCAUAAUAUUAUAUAUUGAUUAUCAAUCAUUUAAGAAAACAGACUGCAAAUAUUUCAAAUACUGACAAACAAACAAACCAUUGAAAUGUUGACAGUAAUUUAUUUCCAUCGCUCAACAGACGGUUGAUAACCAGUUUGUCUUGAGAUUCACGUACCGUUUCCCAGAGUUCAAAACUGGCACUGUGUACUUUGCGUUCUGCACCCCCUGGUCUUAUGGAGAAAGUCAAAAUCAGCUCAAUGACCUUGACAGUUUGUUCUCUUCUUGUCAGACCUACAACUCAAAAACGUGUGUACACUGAAAUUCUGAGAUACUCAAUGUAAUGCGGUUUCCCCAUGUUAAUUUCAGUUUCAUUUGAUAAUUGCUGUUUUCCCAUGUUAAUUCCAGCUCUAGCUGAUCAUUAGUUUUUCCUAUGCUAAUUUCAGCUCUAUACUUUCAUUGUUGUUUUCACCUGUCCAUCUCCCCAGUACCCCUGAGAGGAUCUACUACCACCGUGAGCUGCUGUGUCAUUCCCUAGACAAGCUGAGAGUCGAUCUUAUCACAAUUUCAUCUUGCCAUGGGAUCACAGAUUUAGAGGAACCCAAAUUUGAUAUAAAUCUCUUCCCUGACAAGGAGAGACCCAGGUGCAAAAGAUUUGUGGGAAAAAAGGUAUUAGAAUGAUAGCUGAUAACUAGCUGCAGCAGCACUCAUUGGAAAUGGUUAAAGCAGAUUUAAAAAAAUAAUGGAUUCAAAUAAUUUAAAUAUGAAAUGUAGCAAAUCAGCUCUUAAGAGAGAACUUCAAAAAUUGAUUAAUCAAGAUCUUGCUAUUUCUAUUUUUAAACCUUCCAUCAUCCAAAAGUUCAGAUUUGCACUCAGGACGCAUCUCUUCAAACGCUAUUAUUCCCACUCAUUCUCUCCCUCCUCUGUCCUCAAUGCUGGAUGCUGCUGGGUGCCAUAAAUAGUACUUGGGUGGGCGAGAUCAAUAUCUUUUACAAAACUGUUUUUAAAUUAAUAAUUUUAUGUCACAGUUUUUUUUUAAUGUCAUUUUUCUUUUUGCUAAUUUUAUGUGAAGCGCAGUGAGCCUAGCCCUAGGCUGGGGUACCACACUAUAUAAGACCAAUUUAAUAAUAAUAAUAGUUAUUGGGGUGUCUACACUGAGGGGAAAGGAAGCAAUUUCCCCUAAAAGUUUGAUUUCUUUUAGAAUAAUAACCAAAUUUUUUUUUAAAUCAUAGGCCCACUAAUUUCAUGUUUUUAAUGAUUUCUGGAUUAGAUAAUUUUUUAUUUUUUUAUUUAAAAAAAAAAAUUUAAGAAUUCUUGAACUAUUAGCGAAAUUUUUUGUUAUUCAUUUAUCUUUAUUCAAUUGUCAAUAAUUUUCUAACCUUUUUUUUUAAUUGUAAAUUUUUGUAUUACUAAUAUUAAUAUUCAUAGGGAACGCUCGAAUUAAACAAUUACAUGCAUAUUUGACCAAGGUCCAAGGUAGAGGUUGGGAGGGGUGGGGUUGGUCCUGGGGUGUGAAAGAUGCCCUUGCAUAGCUACUUCUAUCAGCAUAAACAAAAACUAAAGGGCAACCAGAGAAAAAUGAAGGUGAGAUCAUCUGCAGUUAAAAAACCCAAUUAUUUUGGUAUUCUAAAUUAUUUAUUCUCUGAAAAAUUUCAGGACAUACAUUUCUGAGGUCUUUUUUGGUCAGAAAUUCACCACUAGCCUGUUGUGAAAACAUCUUGUAACUGCCCAAACAAAUUAUUAUAUAUAUAUUUACAGGUCUUUUUACUCAGCAGUCGUGUCCAUCCAGGAGAGACCCCAGCAAGCCAUGUGUUCAAUGGUUUUCUAAAUUUUAUCUUACGAGAGAAUGACCCACGGGCGAGCAGUUUGCGACAACAGUAUGUCUUUAAGCUUAUACCAAUGUUGAACCCAGAUGGUGUCUUUAGGGGCUAUUACCGCACAGACCCCCGCGGUGUUAAUCUCAAUCGUGUCUAUCUUGACCCCAGCCCUGAGGCCCACCCAUCUAUUUACGCUGCUAAAAGUCUUAUUGUGUACCACCAUGUCCAAGAUCGAGUUCGGACAGAAAAUGGCCUUGAUAAUAUCAACAUAACCUUUCCAGGUGGUGAAAGAAUCCCAUCGCCCCCUAUCGGUUACACUUCUUCCUGCUCAAGCUCUGCCAAGAACUGCGACGACUCUGCCAAAACUUUUAGUGUGCACAACCAUGGGGUGUCCCCCUUGAUGAACCCUGGGGAGCUGUCUGAGUCCUUCAAUGAAGAUGGCCUGUUGAGCACACCAGACAGCAUCAGCACACAGCAAGCCCCCAUUUACAAACAGCAUUACCAGCAUAAUAUUGACAGUCAUCGUUCCAAUAUUUCACAUGGGAUGUAUGGGGAUGACAUCCAUUGGCCAGCCCAUGCCCCUAAUGCGUACCUGCCUCCUCUAGCCGAGACAAGACACACAGAAACAGGCCUCCAUUAUCAGGAGGAUAAUCAGAAAACUGUAGAACUGUAUCACCAUCACCAGCAGCAUGACACCUGUUAUUUAGAACAAAAUCCAGCAAAUAAAAAUUUGAAGCCAGCUCAAGUGGCGCACAUUGCCUCAGGGAAUACUGCAGAGCACAUCUCGUCAGUGACUCCGGAGCAUCAACAACACCAUGGUUACCAUCCCCUUGCCACCAAUGAAACUGAGUUCUACAACACCAAGCACCCUGCUCCAUCCUUGAGCCCUGUCAUGAAUUCAUGGAAGGACUCAUCAGAGCAAGUAGGUCAACCAGGAGGGGACAACCAAGAUAAUUUUUACCAUGGCAAGGAGCAAGUAUCAGUGGAGCCCCUGGACCUUGCCAAUCUGGAUGACACUGACUACACAAUGAACAAUCUGGCAGCAGAAGCUUCCUCUUCAGACAGUAGCAUUGUGGGUAGUAUGAGAAUUUGUUUUCUUUUUAUAAUCGCAAGUACAAAUGUAAAUAAUGAUGAUAACACGUACUGAAUUAUGUGUAUUUUUAUUUAAUGAUUUAAUCAGUGUGCUAUCUUUAUGUUUUUAGUACAUAAUUUUAAUGAAGUAAGUGAAUUAUUUAGCCAACAUAUUUAAUUUGGAUAUUAAAAUAUAUUCUUUGAAACAUUUUUAGCAUUCUUUUAAGUUAAAAAAAUUAUUGAAAUAUUUUUUUGCUCUCAUUGGGUGCAGAAUGUUUUGCCUAUGCAUACAUUCAACACAACAUUUUUUGUACUAACCUCUUAAGAAUCUUGCAAGCCUGAUUCACAUUUUGUGAUCUGCAAACAACAUGCUUAGCUUAACACAUUUUUACUCUUUGUCCCUUUUUUGCACAGAUUAGCUUGUUUGAUUCAAAAGAACAAAGAAUUGAAAUGGGACAGAAUGAGGCAUUGCGAGUAGACUCGGAUCUCAGGCUGAAGCUUUCUUCAUUGAAAAUGUCAGAGGAGUUCAACAAGAACAGGCGAGUCUUAUUCUAACUCGGCAAUCUCUUUGUUGCAUUUGCACUCUACUAAAAACAUGGAUUUGUUUUGAGUCAGGGAAAGGUGCCACAUAUUGUAUUUUUUUCUUCUUUCUAGUAGAACAAAUGGGUUAUAAUGAUAACUUUAAUUGGCACUGGCUUUCAUUUCCUAUCAACAUGACAUGAACAAACAAAAGAAACAAAACUUACAUAUAAAAUUAAAACCUUACUGGGUGGCAUUUUUUACAUUAAAUUUCAUUAAAAUCUUUCAGCAGAUUUUUAUUAAAAAAUAAUAAUGUUGAAAGAUUAAAUGAAUUUUUUUGUAUUUUAAUUCAGUGGUGCGCUCUGCAUUGGCUUGGACACAGAUGAUGAUGAGGAUGAUUACAAAGCAAUGGAAACAAUCACAGAACAUUUGGGAAAUGAAGGGUCCGAGGAUGAAGGGGAUAUAGAAAUAGCUGAGAUCGGAGAUGGCUCUAAUGCCCCACAUCUGCGUGACCCAGAGCUGCUGAAAAUUUCCCCAGAAUGCAGUGGGAUAGCCAUGUACGUGGACCUGCAUGGGCAUGCCUCCAAGCGGGGUUGUUUUAUUUAUGGAAAUUACUUUGAGAAUGAAGACAUACAGGUCAGUUUUGAUCAUUGUUAUAAAUGGCUUUGACUGUGUUUUCUUUGAAUUCAAAAGAAAUACACCCACUCAAUUUUUAUCUGCAUAUUUAUAAAAUGAACUAAAGAGUGUAAAUCAUGUAUAGUAAAAAAAAAAUUAUUCAAUCAUGCCAGGAUAAUUGAAGAAGGCUCCUUUCUUUUCUGAUUAUAAAUAUAUAUAUAUAACAUGAAUUAUAUCUAUAUAUCUAUAACCUUGUGUAUAUAUAUAUAUAUAUAUAUAUAUAUAUAUAUAUAAACCAUGAAAUAUAAACAUAUGUAUAUAACCAUGAAUAAGAUAUGAAAUGUGAUAUUGAAAUCUUGACUUGGUGUAUGUACACUGUCUAGAUUUAAUAAUUUAAUUACUUAUGAUUUGGAAUGCACCAAUGGUAGUAAUAUAGUAAAAAAAAAAUUAUUCAAUCAUGCAAGGAUAAUUGAAGAAGGCUCCUUUUUUUUCUUAUUAUAUAUAUAUAUAUAUAACAUGAAUUAUAUCUAUAUAUAUAUAUCCUUGUGUAUAUAUAUAUAUAUAUAUAUAUAUAUAUAUAUAUAUAAACCAUGAAAUAUAAACAUAUGUCUAUAACCAUGAAUAAGAUAUGAAAUGUGAUAUUGAAAUCUUGACUUGGUGUAUGUACACUGUCUAGAUUUAAUAAUUUAAUUACUUAUGAUUUGGAAUGCACCAAUGGUAGUAAUUUUAGGUUCAAAUGACAAGACAUUAAUUCCACUGGUGAUAAACACCUUAAAAAUAGAUGGCAGCUAUGAUCUUGGAUAGUAAAAAAAAAUAAUUGCACAUAUCUAUAGUGUUGAAAAAAUAAUUUGUUUAAUUGUUUUCUAUAUAUUAAAAAAAAAUUUAAUGCAGAAGGUUGGAAAAAAAAUAACUAAAUUAUUAACACCCUUUCUGAACUUUAUAAAAAUCUUCACAUGCAAUUUGACAUAAUUAAACAGAAGCAUGCAUCUCUGCUCAACAUAUUAUCUCGAUAUUGUUUUGUGCUCCGAUGACUGUUUUGCACAAGGUUGAGAACAUGUUGUACCCCCGGCUGAUUGCUUUCAACACUGCUCACUUUGACUUCACUGCCUGCAACUUCUCUGAGAAGAACAUGUACCUCAAGGACAAGAGGGAUGGCAUGUCCAAAGAAGGCAGCGGCCGUGUGGCCGUGUACAAAGCAACGGGUCUAAUUCAUAGGUAAAUCUAAAUAAGUCUUUUCAUGGAUUAAUGAAGGAGUCAUUUAGGGCUUGUGGUCUCUAAGGGCAGUCAGAGUUGUGAGAUGAGAGAAAGUAUAAGCGAAGUGUCAGCCUAAUAAAGAACAAGAUUAUAAUCAUCAGAUGUUAUCGCCUGAGUUGUUUCCUUAGUGAAUGCCAGAUAUAGAUGAAGGUUAGCAGAGAGCAAGCAAGGUUUCCUUACAAUGGUGGCAGCGGUGGGAUACCAUUGUAAGGAAACCUUGCUUGCUCUCUGCUAACCUUCAUCUAUAUCUGGCAUUCACUAAGGAAACAACUCAGGUGAUAACAUCUGAUGAUUAUAAUCUUGUUCUUUAUUAGGCUGACACUUCGCUUAUACUUUCUCUCAUCUCACAACUCUGACUGCCCUCUUCUCAUGCUUGCUGAAUAACAGAUCCUAAAACCAGUGAAAGUAGGAUUUAAUUAACAUUUUUUUGUUUUCUUUUAAAAGUUAAAAGUGCUUAAAAAUCAUCUAGAUUUAAAAAAAAACAAACAAUUAAAUGAUAUGUUUUUACAGCCUUGAAGAUAUGACAACGACUAGAUAUAGUAUCAUUAAAUUGUGAGGCAGAGAUUUGAUGUUUGAAUGAGUACUGUGGCGAGUCAAAAUGUGUUGCCCAACUUCAGAUGUUCAAUUAUUAAUUAUUGUGUUUUCCAGUGACUUCCCAUUCUUCAUGUCAUAAUUCAAUGUUUUAUUUUUGGUCGUAUGUAUGAAUUAAUUUUUUUUUAAAUAUAUAUAUAAACUUUUUUUACACUCUGCAGUUAUACACUAGAAUGCAAUUAUAACACUGGACGUAUGGUAAAUACUGUCCCUCCAGCUUCCAAUGAUAAUGGGAGAGCCACACCUCCACCAAUGGCUGGCUUCCCGCCCAAAUACACUCAAGCUCACUUUGAAGAUGUAAGUGAUUAAAACCAGCUCCUUGUAGUGACUAUCUUUGAUGUCUGUGCACGUGACCUAUACUAUGCGUAAUUUUUAUGGAAGUGGAUUUGAUUUAAAAUACUUAAUUCAAUACAAACAACACCUUUUUUUGCAACAAAACUGAACAAUAUAUUCAUUUAAUAAAUAGCUCUGUAUAUUAUGUCUUUUAAAUGUUUUAUCCCCUAUACAGUAAGGAAAUAGUAACCCUAACUUCAGUUGGAGACCUUCUUGCUAAAAGUACUUCUUAAGGAAAUAGUAACCCUAACUUCAGUUGGAGACCUCCUUGCUAAAAGUACUUCUUAAGUCACCAAACACCCUCUGAGAUAAUCCAGUUUAAAUAACUUAGGCGAACACUUAGGUUUUUAAAUUAGUUUCUAUUUCUUGUUGUUUCUUCAUUUGUCCUGUCUGCUGAGGAAUUCUCUCAGCCUAACCGUUAUUGUUUUAUUGUCCUUCCUUCAUAUUUCAAGCUUCCACAUAACUUAUUCCACUAUUUCCUUCACACAGCUUGAAUGCAGAACUUUAUUUAUGAAACAGUUUAAAUAUUCUUUAUUUGUCUAUAAAAUUUGAUCAUUCUUUUUUUUUUUUUCCCACUUUAUGGCAAGUUACAUUUUUGUUGUUGUUAUCUCUUCAGGUCGGUAAGGCUGUGGCUAUUGCAGCUCUUGACCUUUUGAAUAUGAACCCUUGGUCUCGUGUCACCUUAACAGAACACAACAACUUGUUUGGGGUGCGGGAAUCAGUGAGACGUUACCUCAGAGGACUCAGGGGUCUCCCCCGAGGACCCAGAAAUUUGCCACUGAAGUUUCUAAACAACAAAAAUACUGGGUAUGUCCCUGCCAUGACAUCAACCUUAAGUAUAUGCAUUUCAGUUAUGUUGUCUGAUUUUUGUACUUAUGGCCACAAAUUAAGCUGUGUAUCUCAGAUAAAAUCUUAACACUUUUGGAAUGGGCCACAUCCCUACAAUUGCAUUAAGCGUCCUUUAAAAACAUUUUCUUUUAUCUUACGUUCAUUUUUUUUUUUUUCACUCUAUCCUUUUUAUAAAUAAAAUCUGUUUUCAAAGUCCAGAAAAUCUUUUAACCCUUGGAAAUGAAUUAUAUUUGUUUGGAUAAUAUUUACUGAUAAAAAUUCAGCUGAUAGGUGGAUAUAUGAAACUAACGCUUUUCUUGUUAGACGUUUUUGAAGGAUGAUUCUUUCCAUAAUUGGUGUCAUAUCCUUGCUGUGCCACUGGUUUUAAUGUAGCUCUCAAUUUUAUUAUUUUUUUAAUGAUUAAAUGAAACAAACUCAUCAAAUACUUUUUUUUUUUUUUUUUUAAUUAAAAGGUCUUCUCAGAGCAGGAGAGCAAGUAUUACUGAAUUUGGAACAGUCGGAAUGAAUGCAGCAACAAAACUUAAGCCAGCCCUGGAAAUAUCAAGUCGAUUAUAUCCCAGGCAAGCCAUCCAGAAUUCUGGACAAACAGGUCCACCUAAACGAGAGCUUGGGCCAGUGAGAGAAGGUAAGGAAGACUAUUAAGGAGUACUUCCGUGAAGUUAAUCAUUUAGAAGAUACCAUUGUUUAACCCAGUGAUUUUCUUCCUCUUCAUCUUUUCAUUUUCAAAUCCUAGGUCUAAUCGUUAGAGAUACCCAUAGUUAAACACAGUGAUUCACUUCUUCUUCAUCUUUGCCUUUUCAAAUCCUUGGCCAUUGACCAAUAUCUUUCCAAGGUGUCUUGCUAUAUGCUCCAAUUCUUUCUGAUCUGUAUUCCAUACUCUUUGACCUCCCUUUGCAAUGUAGUUUUUGUUUUGGUCUCCCCUGUCCUCUUGAUGCUUACUCAUUCAGUUAUUCACUCAAGAUGAGUUAAAAGUUGUUUAAGAAGUGCUGCAAAAUAUUUGUUUUUUUUGUGUUAUUGAGUUGCAGCUCAGAGGUCUUCAUUGAUGCCCCAGGGGCGGUCCGCUCGAAGACGCCUGCCUUACAAUGGGUCAGCCACUCGAGCCCAAGGUCAUAGGAACAGCUCACCGGUCGCCAUCAACCUGGCCUCUGAUGAACGAUGUCUUAACCGCCAAGAUUCGUCUGAGCCGAACAUGAGAGUCAGGGAUGGGGAGGUUGUGUUCAAGGGUCAAGACCCAGAGUUGUGCCACAGCUUCAGGCAGCAAGAGUUAUCCUCGAUGAUGCAGUCCCGAGAUGAAAGCAAGUUCUAUCAUCUCAAGCAGGUCAUUACCAUAAAGUCUAUCACAUGAUUAAUUAGACACUAAAAAUUGAUGUCAAUAUAACAAUGAAUGUUAAGCUUUAAUAAUAAUUUUACAUAAUACAUAAGUAGACGUUUUGGCACUUGCCUUUAUCAGUAUAACAACAAAAUAUUUAAAUAAGUAUAAAUUAAAUUUACAUAAUAUGUAUAUACAUAUAUCCUACCUAAAAAAGAGAAAGAUAGGAGUGGACACAAAAACCAGACAUAAACAAAGUAAAGAAUAAUGGAAAGGAAGUUGUUUGAAGUAAAAUGUAAAAAAACCAAACAGGAAAAAGACAUGUCAGUUACGUAAAAUUGUGGCUUUGGUUUAUCCCAAAUGGAGUCAACGUACCAAAUCUUGUUAUUAAUUUAUUCUCCAUAUAGAUCCUAUCCAGUGUGUUAUAGUAUACAGUAUAACAUGAAUUUGACGGGCUUACCAUUAUUCCUUUAUAGAUUACAGAACAUGCCGUAAAUUACAAACUUUUUAUGGGUUAUAACCAUUAGUUCCAUUACUUGGUUAUUCACCAUGUUUUCCAUUCAAAGGGAAAUCUGUUUAUCAAGGGGAUAAGUGUUUAGAUGAAGGGAUUGUCACAAAGUUUGGAAUUUACAAUGUUACUACCAGAGCUGUGGAGUUAGGCAAAAUUCCAGCUUCCACUCUAGUGGAAAAACUCACACACAAGUUGUUGUUUACAAUACUUCCCCAAAAUCAGAUGAAAUCGCAAAGAUUUGAGAAGCAGAUUUGGACUGUACCCAAACAUAUCAGUUCAGUGCCUCACAUCUCUGCAUCACAAAAGAACUUUAUCAUUUUUAGUUUUAAGUGAACAUUUUGACUGAAUAUAAGGCAAGCUUUUCUUUUGCAGGUGAAUAGACGGGCAUCCACUCGCAUUCCACUGCCGAUCGGCAGAUCUAGGUUCAACGUGCAGACAACGCCGGGCAAGGAUCAGGCAAUGAGCACACUGAUGUCGCAGGACAAUAAAAGGCAGACGUGGUCAUGUCCAUCUUACACAACGACCAGACAGCUGCCUACUGAUGAAAUAUACGACCUGGAUUUUUUGCCGAAGCCCGUCCAUGCCAUGCUGGACAACACUGAUACAUCCAUGACAGAGGAUGCUGAUGACCCUGUCACAGAAGGACGUGAUGCUGCCGGGUAAAACUAUUUCUCUUUCUUAAUUCAAUCUUACCUGCCAGCUUACUGUUUGAAGUAUAAUUGUUUAAUUAGUUUUGGGUAAACAAGGACCAUAUGGAGACUCAGGAACCGAAGUGGAACAAAGACUCGACACGGCAAAGGGAUUGUUUUAUAAUGUAGAUAAAAAUAAACAAAGUAAACGCAAUCGCCCAGCAAAGUUUUGCCACAUUCUUGCCAUGUAAUUGCUAGGUCAAGGAGAAAACAUGUGGCACAGCUCUCUUCACAUUUUGUAUCUGAAUAAAAACUUACUUUAAUACUUACUUAGCUCCUCUCUCACUGCUCUUCCUUGUUUCCUCUGUCCUUUUAAUGGUGUCUGGCGGAUGGCAGUUUUAGCUGUAAGGCUUGUUCUGUAAAUCAUUAUGUAUUUCUUCCUUUAUUCCAUAUUUAAUUUUUACAUUUUCCAAUUCAUACAUCCUGUUGAUGAUUUGUCCAUCUGUUUUCAAUUCAAAACUAAGUCCUUGCAAGUUUUAUAGACAGACAAUAGGUCUGGGAUUUUCCUGACCACAUUAUAAAUUCCCCUGUGAUUAUGGAUAUCAAAUUUUUUAAAAAUAUGUUCUGUCAUUAUUAUAAACUUUAUGAAUGGGGAAUUAGGUUUAAAAUGAAAUAGCCCAUUAAAAACAAAGUUUUUCUUAUAAGUCCUAUAUCAAAUGCAAUACAGAGCAAUGAGAGGUUGGGCUGAAAAUUUGACAAAACAUGCGUACAUGUAAUGCGAAAACAUGUAAUGCACUUUAUAAGGAUCUCGAUAUUAUUGCCAUCAACCUGGCCCAGGCUGACAACCGUACAAUUUUUUAAACAAGUUUGAAAUUUGAAAAACUUCUUCUUCAUCUAUAUAUUAAGGGCCCACAAUCAAUUUAUUGAUCAUUCAGGCUCCUACGCAUGUAGAAGCAAUGGGCGUUGGAAGGCAUGAGGCAAUAGACGCAAAUGUGUCAAGUGUUGUCACCUCAAGUGUCCUUUUGGAAGCUUGUUCCUGUCCCUGAUUAUCUUUGGCUGGAACGAGCUGUUCCUAUACUGGCUUCCUGCUGGUAUGAGCCAAAACUGCGUGUCAUGGCCUCGUCACUGUCGAGGGGGGAGAGGGGCGAGUUUCUGUUAAAUGGUGGAGCUUAUUUCAUUCUCAACAUAAACACUUUAACAUAAAUGGGAGUACUAUGAUCUUCAAACUUCAAGACCCUCAUAAAAUUUAAAUUUUGAGAAAUUUUCAGCUAGCGUCCACAAAGAAAACCCGUUGUAGGUCAUGAACCAUAGUUUGGAUGCCGAGACCUGGUUGUUUUUUAUUUUUUAUGUUCUGUUUUAGGAAGUCUGUGUCAAACAAUAGCUUUAAAGUGCUUGUACAUCAAGCAUUACUGUGUCUGAGACAUGGGAACCAUCCUGAAUGACCACCUCAUGGGGGAAAGUUUUCACUUUUAUAUUUCAAUUUAUAUUUCAGCCACAUGGUUUGUUUUGUUUUCUCUCUUUCUCCAGAGCAAACCCCAAGAGGAGAAGGAAACCAUUCAGCCUGAGCAGAAGGAAAUCCAACACUCAGGCAGCCAGGACCAGCAUCAAUGCCAAAGGUCAGCAAACUAAAGGGUCAGGGGGAGAGAAUGGUACUGGGAAAAGAACAUCCAGGCGGCAGAAACUCCGCUCCCAGCGCAGGAGUUUGACUGGGCCAUCCGUCCCAGCAGAGACUCAAGACGUUUCUCUGGUGGGCCAGGAUGGCCCCACCCCACCACAGGCAAUUUUAGGUACCCCACUGCUUUUUUUCAUCUGCCUUGAGUGUGAAAAAUUCUUCUUCCUUAAAGUAGUCCCUCUGAACCUUAUUGAGGCAGUGAAGGCUUUGGGUUACUCUACAUGCUAAUAAGCUUUGCUCUUGAGGACUUUUUUUCCUCUUUAAAGAAAUGACUUUCGCCGUCGGAAUUCCUACUUUUCUUUAGCCCUGUAAUGAUUUUAUUAUAGAUGUUAACAGAUGUGAACAGGCUCAGACCCAAAAAAAAUCAUUUUGUUGAAAAAUCUAGUUGCUUUUCUGCCUCUCUAAGGAAUUUCUAAAUAAGCUCCAUAUUCUACCUGGCCCUCCACUAACUCAUAGGUGCUGAGACUAUUCUGCCUGGUCCUCCGCUACACUCAUAGGUGCUUCCAUCUAAAAUUCAUAUGACUACCAUUUAGGGUCUGGCCUACCGUCACAUUAAAACUUUUCCUCCCCACCCUUACUUCAAUGCUUGACUAAAAGUGUGUGAUCACGUCUUGCUGUGUCUUCUUGAUCAAGGUAACACCAUCCUGUUUUGUGUGAAUAUAGUUUAGCCUGAUCAGUAACAACUUUUUAAUAUCAGUUUACACUAUGUUUGAGUGGAUAUGUACUAACAUUCUCCAUUGAGGCGUAGGCUGACAAGUCAGUUCACAUUUGCCUUCUGGAUAAUUGACUUUUAAAUGUUUUCUUUGAGCAUUAUGAAAAAAGAGAUACUUUCUGACAGGUAAGUAAUGUAUCCCAAAUGAUGAAAUCCUGAGGAUUCAAUUUAAUGUUUAAAAUUUUUUUUUUCAUAAUAUUCAUUCAAAUCAACUGACUUAAAUUUCACUGCAGCCUAUGCUUAUUGGUAAUUAAUAACCCUAAAAGAAUUUAUGUACCAAUAAUCAAAAGCUGCAGUGAAAUUGAGACUUCUGCGUUGUAAGGUGGACUGUCUCAAUUUGAAAGUCAGUCAGACAACCAUUACAAAACAUAUUAGUGCUCAUAACAUUAUUAAAUGCAUGAUGUGACUGGGCACAUCCCAACAACAUAAGAUAUUGUGAUUACAUCAUGUUAUUGUUAUGAAAUACAUUUAUUAAUUUUCAGUUUAAUUUAAACUGUUAUUAAACUUUUAGACAUCUGGAUAAUGACUUCUGUGGAAAAUAAAAUUUGAAGGGGGCAUGUAAUCAAUACAUAACCAAACAAUGUAUGAAGCAGGCCUGCACCUAGCGGGGACAACCAUGGCACUUGUCAGAGGCCUGAGCUAGAUCGGGGCCAGGCCUUUUUUUUAGUUUUUUCAAUACAGGCUUUAAAAUAUAUGCACAUGUUUGAAACACGAAAGAGGCCCGAACUCUGUCAGCUGUCUGGAGCCCAGAAUUUCCUAGGUGCGGGUCUGCAUGAAGGGGCAUGUCAAGGGAAAUCACUUUGAAAUUUAUAACUAUUGCUCUUUGUGAGCCCUGCAUUUGUAGCAAUAAUACAGUUUAAUAAAGAAGAAUAUCUCCAAUAAUUUCUAUUUUUGCAGUGCUGCACCCCCCCCCCCCCCCUUCGUGAUUUCUAAACAUUUCCGGUACCCCCCAUCUAAAUUUUAAAAAACAUAUUUCCCAGCAGCCCCAUCAUGAUUCAAAAAUAAAUUUGCUCGCACUCCCAUAAUAAAAAAAAAAAUGCCAAUGAAAAUGCAAAAUAUACCUGAUAUUCUGGGUCUUCCCGCAACCCCUGACACUGCCUCCCGCACACUCAGUGGGUGCAUGCCUCCUUAGGUUAGGAGCUCCUGUGUUUUGGGGUAGUUAGAGAUAUUUAAAUAUAACUCAGAUUUACUCAGCUUUAUUUGUUGUUGAAAAAUGAUCUUCUUUUAUUUUAUGAUCCCCUAAAGUUUGUAGGUAUUAUGGACUUAAUUUUUUUUUUUUUUUUUUAACUGAAGAAAAGUAGUGUAAACACUAUUUAGUUCACUUUUUGUUUCUUCUCAUAUUAUGCAUUGGAAAAUAAAAAAAUAAAAAAAUGUGGGACUCUGUUUAAGACAAUGUAAUUCAAGAAAUUCCAUUUCUGUGUUGCAUUCAGGACUGAGAGGCAACUCUAGGAAGAACACGACGGUGGUAUUUACCCCCAGGUACAUAGGCAGCCAUUUUAACUUGUGCCUCACGUCGUCGAUACUUUACCACUUUGGUUACAUAUUACUCUACAUCUUAGGCCUUUAUCUUCUCAAAUUUUAUCUGAGCUUUUUGUCCCUGUGUGUGUUGAACGUUCUAUUGCUUUUUUAGUCUAAGAUUAUGCAGGAGAUGAGCCUUUUUUAUCUAAUUUUGUUUGCAAAAGUUGUAUUCGUACAUGUAGUGCUAAAUCUUUUUCACUAAUAGUUUAGUCACCCGUAAUCCAAUGUUUUCAUAGCAACGAGAAAUUGCGAGGAGUAUUAAGUUUUUUGUUGUCUUGCUGCAUACAAGUCUAAAGCUGUUCUUAAUAUUAUCAGAAUCUAAAAGUGUAAUUUAGAAAAGCAACACACAAAAAAAUUUGAUGCCAAGGUGAUAAUAUUUUAUCAGCCUAUUUAGAGUGUAGCUGAGCUGGAUGCUUAUGGAACGUGAUAGGUUGCGAGUUUAAUCCUUGGCAUCCCAACUAAAACGAAGAUUUUUGAAAGUGGUAGAUGCGAGCUUACCACGAUUGAUAAUGACAUCUUCAUUUCAUGGAUCUAGAAGUUUCAUCUUAAAGUAACAUCACGCAUAAUUUGGGGGUUUAAUUUUACAAUCUGUGGGGUAAAUACCAUAUACACCAUGAAGCUCCCAUUAUGGGUGGCUUUUUAUCAUGGAAUGUAAUUUUGCUUUGAAAACAUCAUGAAAAGCACACAAAAAUGAUUAUUAUUUACUUAUUGAGAAACUUAAGUCAAAUCUGAACACUUGAAUGUAUCUUUUUUUAAUUGGUUGGCAUUUAGAUGAAUUAAAUUUAAUUUUUAUUAUCUUUUUUUUUUAAAUCGAAGAAUAUUUUUAUAUACUUUUUUUGAAUGAAUUUGUUAAUCCUGAUGUUGAAACGACAAGUCUAAAUCAGCUGCCAUUUUUACUCUUCACAACACUUGGUACAUUAUUUUUUGGUACAUUAUUUUUUAAUGCUAAAGGGAUGUUUGAUGAACACUAGCAACAAAAAAAACAACAACAAAAAUGAUAUCCUACCUGAUUUUACUACCUGUCAAAUAUAUUAGAUGAACUUGAAGUUUAAAAAAAAAUGAAUAGUUUAAUUAUUUUUGUUUUAAAUUUUAGAUACUCUUUUAUGGAGCUAUAUUUAUAUUUGCACAUUCGAAUUGUUUUCUUUUAAGUAAUUGAAAAACACUUAAAGAUAUUCCAAUAACAUAAUUGAAAACUUUUUAGACAAGUGCAUGAACCUGGUAAUUUAAGACUAGAUUUUAGACAAGUGCAUAAACCUCUAAAUUAAAAACUAGUUUCGAUAUACACGCGUGAACCUCGUAAUUAAAACCUAGUUUCUAGAUAUAUUUGUAAACUUCAUUAUUAAAAAUUAGUUUCUAGAUAUGCAUAAACCUCCAACAUGUUAUUUCUGAACAAUUAAAAGAGUCAUAGUCUUACAUUUCCAAUCUUUUCAAUUUCUCUGGGGCUUAAUUAUUUUUAGAGGUAUCUCACGCACUCAAAAGUGUUAUUCAUUUACCAGCUUUUUUUUUUUUUUUUUUUUUUAUCAAAGUUGAAAUGAUAAAAAUAUAUAUUUUUUUUUUUUUUAGCCCUUUUUGGGGCCCUACAUUUUUUGUUCUUUUUAUCCAGUAAUCAUCAACCUUUGUCAGUUUUGUCAAACAUCCUGCCCUUUUUUUUUCUCAUGUCUCAUUCUCCAGCAUGGCUUAUAACUAUUGUAAGCAAGGAAGGACAAAUAGACACUGAGGAAAUAGAUAAAACAUUUGUAAGUCUGUGGUUUUCAGAAAAGACAUUUCCACAUUACAUAACAUUCAGAAACAGUCAACUCUAAAAAAAAAAAAAAAUUAUACAUAUUAAAUAAAAAAAAAUCAAACAAUUUUUUUUUUUUUUUGCAAGAAAAUUUCUUAUUUUUAGAAAUGAAAAUAUAAUCAGAUGUAUCAUGUAGAUUUAUAUCAAAAGUUUUUGAUAUACAGUUUGGUAAUUUUAUUUAGUGUAUUAAUUUUUCAUUUUAAUUGUUUAGUGUUCAAUCAAACUUUAAAAAAAAAACAUAUUACGUUCCCCCAUGCUGAUCAAGAAAAUAAUAAACUAAAUGAAAACAAUAACAGAGAAUUGUUGUAUUUAUUCAGCAGGAAUUCUCUCAGUUUGACCCUUUUUGAUCUCUCCCAAUGUUUUUUUUUUUUGAGAGAUUUACCUUCACAAAUUACCCUCAUGCUCUGGAAGGAUGUGACAUUUCACAGAACUAGAAAAACAUUGCUAUAAAAGUUAUACCUAGUUAUGAGGUGAUAAUUUAUUACCGGUAUUAAUUUUCUAUUUUUCCCUCAUAUUGUUUUUUUUUUUCAACUCCCUAAAUUUCUAUGUCCUUUUGUUGAUAAGGUGAGUCUGGAUGAUAUAUCUCCAAAUAACAUUGCGUUGUACAACUCAAAUUUUCCCAUUUCAAAAUAUAUGCUUGAGAUUUAUAAGCACAUUAUUCUGUGAAUGUCAUUUCUAACCAGUUUCAAUAUCAAAUUAAUUACAUUCCAAACCAAAGCAUGUUGAUCAUUCAUUAUGGACCAAAGAAAGAUUAUUUCAAAACAAUUUUUAUGAGUUUGAAUAAAACAUGAAUUUUUUUUUAUUGGAGCACUGCAAACAAAUGUCCAGACUCUUCAAUGAAAAGUCCCAGCACUAUUUCACACCAUCCCUCCCAUUUUUUCUCAGGUAAAUGCUGUAAGUAGGAAUUCUCAAAUUCUUGACUUUGGGGAUGAUGACUCUGACCCUAUCGGACAUAGCUUUGGUUACAAUUAAUGUUUUUAAUUUACUGAAAUAAAAGUCUUGAAAAGUUAAAACACUUUCUGAUGCAAUGAGGUUUGUUUAGUAGAAUGUUCUUUAAUGAAGAAAUUUGUUUCAAUCUCACCAAGUUCUGAUCAUUACAGAAUUUUUGUAAUACUUUUGACAAUUUCCUACAUUCUUCAUUCCUUUCUGUUUUGUUCUCGGCUUCAUUCAUAAUUUAUAAUGGUGGAAAAUAUUUUGGACAACUCCCCCCCACCACCACCACUGAUGUGUGAUGUUUUUUAUGGAUGGGCCCCAUGUGGUUUGUGGUCAAUGAGUUCAGUGUUGAGAAAAGGAUUGCUUGACCCAUUUUUUUUUUCAAAUUGUGGUUCCUAUAUCUAUUCAUUCUCGUUUUCUCCGUUUGCUUAUUAUCACAAUAUUACCAUUACAAUUUUCUUGUUAUGUACUUUUCUUUUAAUUUAUUCCUCUAACCUCAUAUUUAAUUUCUCCUUUAAUUUGUUUCUUGUUUUUUGUUCUUCACUUAAUUUUUAAAUGUAUUUGAAAAUACUUUUGCAUCUUGUUUGCACUAGCAUCAAAAAUUAUUUUUUAAAGUUAUUGAACACUUGUAUUGUAUUUUUCAUUUACCUAAUUUUAAGGAUGUUUGGAACAAUCACAGCACGAGUUUGUGCAGGUGUGGUUGGGUCUACCUUAAAAAAAUGAAAGAUGGUUUUAUCAGUGUUGCAAAGUCUGUGAAAUAUAGUUUAAAAAUUUGUAAAUAAUAUGAAAAUAAGUAUCAUCAACUAAUUCAAUUCUAUACCUACAAGUUAGACUCAUGGAAAAUAUUUUCAAUCAAUGUUAUUGAAUGAAGGGAAAGGGCAUAAAUGAUAGAAGCAUGACAAAAGAUUUAGUGCAUUUAUUUUUGCAAGUCAUUUUGUUAGAGACAGUGAUUAAUAAUUUAUUAAUUAAAAUGUUUUUUUUUUUUUAGAAAUCAUAUUAAAACUUAAUGUAAUUUAAACAUAGAUAAAUUAAAACAAAGUAUAUAUAUCACUUAUCACUUCUUUUAUAUUUUCAUGCUGCAGAAAGAUUUCCUUAUCCAUGGUAGGUUGCCAUUGUCACUAUUCAGCGCACAGUGAUAAUAUAAAUAAUAAAUGAAGUUGUUUAAAAAAACACUGAUACUUUUCAAUUAAUAAUACCAAAGGUUAAUAAUAUUGUGAGGGUGACGUAAAUCUUAAUGACCUACAUGUCUUUAGAUUUUCAUGUCUACCUUGAAGUCAGUGAAAGCUAAUGAAAAUUUGGAAAAAGCAAAAAAAAAAUACUUAUCGCUAUGCUUUGAUCCUCAGAGUCAACAUCAGUACUGGGGCUCACCCCCAAAAUCACUCGUCACACAACGUAGAGCAUCUGACCCGAGUCCAGGUACAUAAUCAUUAAAAUAUGUUAUUAUGAAAUAAAAAAUUUUAUAACAGGGAGCUGAGGGUAUUGUCUUUGGGGAAAAAAAAAUGUUGAGGUGAUUUCUACAAGUCGGUUUAUGUGAAAACCUCUUACCCUUGUUUCACACCCUGCAGGCUUUUACACAUGUGGAGCAAAAAAGCAAAUUCUCACCCCCCACAAGAAAAACUUUAAAUUUUCUUGCCGUUGUAGUUUCAUUUUACUUCAAUCCAAUUUUUACUUUGUGUUUGACUGCCAGAGUCUCCGCUGUGAAAUCAUCAGUGUAGCUACUUGAUAUUAUUUUUUAAAUCUACACUUAAUAAUGUAUCGUGUCUUUUUCCCCCAUGUAGUUGUUUGAUACAAGGACACAGCAAGAACACAUGGAGCUGAAAAGUCAUGAGCUUGUCAAGCCAAGAGCUCGAAUAUUUUGGAUUGAUUUUUAAUGGUUUUUUUCUCUCCUGUGCUGCACUGGGGGAAUCAUAAUUUUCAGCAUUAGUUUGAAGCCAAAAAAUGAUUUUUUGAUAAGGGCUAUUUUUAAGUAUUUUAAAGCUAGUUUCAGUCAGGAGCUGGAAGGGAUGCCAUUUCAAGAAUCAGUGUGUUGAAAUUAAACUAUGAUUCAAGUGUAUCUUAUUAGAUAUCUUUGCAAUGGAAAUAAACAUGUUGGAGUUAAAUUUGGUGGAGCCAACACUGUGACAGGCCAGACUUGUCACAGACUUUUUUCCUCAGAUAAGAUACAGUGACAUUCUUAGGGCAUCAUCAAGUUUCACAGAUGGUUGAUUUUACUUUUACAACCAAAGCACGCAUCAUGCUUUUGGGGUGGAUGUGCGUUACAUUAUUUAUUGUACACCUACGGUUGCAUUACUUAAUAUUUAUUAUUACC